UUUUUCUCUUAUUUCUAAUAUGUUUAUAGACCCUUCUCUUGUUGCUUCUUGUGUCUCUUGUCAAAUGAAACUCACUUUGUGCCUUAGCCUACAUGGAUCCCUGUGUUCUUGUUGUGCUUCUAUACUCAUCCCAAUCAUAUUUGUUUCCAAUUUUUUAUAUUAUCUGGUUGAUUUUUCAGGUCCUGGAAGGGCUCUGAAAAUCUGUUCUUGGUACAAUAAGAGGCCCAUCUGAGAUUGAGACAGCUCCACGAUGACAGGAAAACGGCUUCUGCCUCAUGGGAUCCGUGCCUUGUUUCUGCUCAGCAUGGCCUGUGAAGCCCAUCAGCCCACAGGGAGCCACGCUGUCUCCAGUGCCAAUCCACUGUGUGAGAAGGAGGUUGAGUCCUGGGGAAACCUGUUCAGUGGAGAGCGACUGGAUGCCUGGAUCUGUUCUCUGAUUGGCUCGGUCAUGGUGGGGCUGAGUGGGGUUCUCCCUUUGCUGGUAAUUCCCCUUGAGACAGGAGCCACUCUGAGAUCAGAAGCGGGAUCCUGUCGCUUGAAGCAGCUGUUAAGUUUUGCAAUUGGUGGACUGCUGGGAAAUGUGUUUCUGCACAUGCUCCCAGAGGCCUGGGCCUACACCUGCAGUGCCACAGCAGGAGAAGGACAGAGCUUCCAUCAGCAAAAGCUUUUAGGUCUCUGGGUGAUCAUUGGCUUUCUGACCUUCCUGGUGCUGGAGAAGAUAUUUCCAGAGAACGAUGAGCAAGAUCGGCUCAGCACGGACAGUGAUUCCAGAGCACCAGCCAAAAGGGUUCCAAAUGGAAGCAGCUUUUCUCCGCAGAAGGCAACAAGCACAGUACAAAGAACAGGAACAGGUGUGACUCAGUGUAAUGGUUCCUCUCACCAGUCUCACCCACCUGACAGAAAAAUAAAGAUCAGUGGGUACCUCAACCUACUGGCCAAUACCAUUGAUAACUUUACACAUGGCCUGGCAGUGGCAGCUGGCUUCCUGGUUAGCAGAAAGGUUGGGGUUCUAACCACCAUGGCAAUCCUCCUGCAUGAAAUACCACAUGAGGUAGGAGAUUUUGCCAUCCUGCUCCGGGCUGGGUUUGACCGCUGGAGUGCAGCCAAGAUGCAGCUUUCCACAGCUUUGGGGGGAAUUCUAGGGGCCUGCUUUGCAAUCUGUGUUCAGUUACCUAAAGGAGCAGGAGAAACUGUAGCUUGGAUUCUUCCAUUCACCUCUGGGGGAUUUCUGUAUAUUGCCUUGGUGAAUGUCGUGCCUGAUCUCCUGGAGGAAGAGAAUCCUUGGAACUCCCUGCAGCAAGUCCUUCUCCUGUGUGCAGGCAUUAUGGUCAUUGUGUUGCUCUCAGUUACUAUAGAAUGACCUCUGCUCAGACCUUAUGGCACUUCCCAGAACAGCUGCAUUGACUCUGAGCUGUUACAAAGCAAUAAGGAACACUAAUGUAACUUCCUGUAUGUCCAUGUGUGGAUCUGGCUGCUAGCGUGAGAGGCAGGUGACAAAGGAGUCAUUAGACAUGCUGGACUCCAUCCCCUGGCUCUUUUAUUUGUGCUCCAUUAACGUCCCACAAGCUGGGACUUCCAAAGUCAUCAUUCUUUGGAGCAGAAGACUUUGAGGAGCAAAAAUGAACUAAACAACUACUCCAAGGGGAAUGGAGUUUUUCAUUCUGGAGUAAAAACGUGAUGGAACUGUACUUCCCAGGAUCCUGUGUAAAGAUCCCUGUAGCUGGUAAAGAGGCAGGGUCUAUCUGUCACCUUAGACUUGGGGAGAGAAUAAAUGUCCCAAAGCAGCUGCAAACCACCAGCUUUCACCACUGCAACCCUUCUAGCAGGAGCAAAGGUGCUAUCAAAACCCCUGAGAUGCAGAGGAGCGGAGAACAGCCAUCUCCCUCAUUUACCAAUAGAGAAUACUGUUGUUUAUAAGAGAGUGUCAACCUUGGCAGUCCACUUCUCUGGCUUCAUCUACCGUAGUUUGAUGUCACAGUUGGGUCAGAUACUGGGGCAGUUGGGAUGAAGUUGGGAUAGUCAUGCUCAGCAUGGAAGUCUGUUUGCAUCAGCCUUAACCCCUCCAGCAGUUCAAUACAGCCUGGGUUCUUAUUUGGAAAAAGGCAAAUAAAUACUUCUGGUCAUCCCAAGCAGUCAGUUCAGCUAUAUCUGGGGAGAGGGUCACUUAGUAACUCCUGACCACCUAAAUCCUCUCCUCAGCUGUAUGUACAAUGUGAGCAAGGUCUGUGCUCUAAUCUCUGUGAGAAGAGAGAGAGAAAAGAGAACAUGCUGACCAUACAUAAAGAAAAAGAUAAAGCAGAGAAAAUUGUCUGUACACACAAUGAAGAGAAACAAAAGGGUUCAAAAAAUGAAAAAUUAAUCUGAAAUCACUGUUAGCUAAGCUGGAAUGAACAAAGAAAUGAGAGGCUGACAGCAUCAUGCCUGUAACAGGAAUUUUGUUCCAUGGUGUUUAUUCAAUUUGAUGGUCAUUUAAAUAGGCAAGUGAAAUUUAACCUGAAAAUUCCUAAUUUUGACUGGUGGGGAUGACCAGCUCCAAUACCCAUUUGUGUUUUCCGAACGCACACUAUCCCUUAGGCCUUGUCUACAUAAGAAAGUUGUACUGAUCUUAACAAAACCUGGUUUUAAACCAAUAGAGUAUAAUUAAUCAUUUUGUUACAGGUAUGAAAUGAGUACCCAUGGCUAGAGGUAUAAAGCUGUCUCAAACUAGUCACUCCUAAAGGGUGUGCUGAAGCCUGCUAAUGUGCUGCAAGAAGAGUGAAAGUGUGAUACAAGAAAUGAGCUGGAUCAGGCCCCAGCUGUGCUGGCCCAUGGACCAGUGAGUGAAGUGUGUUGCCAAUUUUAAUCCAGGAAAAAAAGUGUGCCCCAGGUGUCAAAAAUGUGGUAAACACUACUCUAAACAGAGUUUAUUAAAAUCAGUACAACAUAUGGGUCUAUACAGGCCCUUACUGAAAGUGCUUUUUCCUGUUACACUUCAGUAUGCCUAAUGCUCCUAAAGAGGUGAGUCUGAACCAGAGUAACAGGCCAGGCCUAAAGUGCUGCCAAGAGCAGGUGCCCUCUAUUCCUUUAGAACAGGGGUGUCAAAGAUAUGCAUCACAGGCUGGAUGUGGCCCAUGGAACCAUACAAUCUGGACUGUGGGUCUCGGGCUGAGCCUGCAUGCCACAUGUGGUUUGUGCUGGCCCCAGCCACGUGCUACACAGUGUUCAAGGCUGCCACUAUCGGCCUGUAGAGCUGCCACCAUCAGUGCUUCAUGCAGCACUGGCCUGGUCUGGAGCAUAUGCUGCAUGCAGUGCCUGUGCUGGACCAGCUUUGCGGGAUGGCUUUGAAGCUGAUCUGAAUCAGGCCCACAAACUGGUCCUGUGCAUUGGCUGCUGGUCCUACACUCCUCAUCAAUUGGCUGCUGGUCCUACACUCCUCACUCCCACAGACUGGUCCUACACUCCUCAUCCAGCUAACGGGGCUGGAUGAAUUUGACAUCCCUGCUUUAGAAUAUGGGUGUCAAUCUCACACCUCUUCUUAGGCUGGAUCCAGAUGCAGUGGUAGAGCAAGUGGCAGCAGUGUGGUAAGCAUUGGCCUUGGUACAGGAAGCAACAUGACCAUUGCUACAAACAUGAAUUUCCAACAGGACUGUCCAUACCCCAGAUUUUGGCACAAGUCCCUGCCCCAAAUUCCUGAUCCCUCUGGCCACUGCUUACCCAACAACAUGGCUCCAUGGGUUAGAUCUAGCCCAUGGGCAGUAAUUUUGACACCACUGUUUUACAGCUCUUGAACUUUGAUUUUUUUCCAUGGUAGCUUCCAGGCUACCUUCUGGAGAGAGCCUGGGCUGCUGCUGCUUGUAGUUCCCUCCAUACAGGGACCAUUAAAAUAUCUUCAGCUUUUCUUUAACCCACCUUGUAUCAUGAACCAGAUGUAUUGCAGCUAUGAGAGAGGCUAUUUCAGUGCAGCUUUCAUGUACAGUUGAAAGCUGCCUUUCCAUGACAGCUGCUGUCUACAUGCUGCAGCUGUCAUAUGCUCCAGUCCGGCAUCCAUCUCUCUCUUUCCAAGCAGCUGUGAUGAUUAAUAGUUCUUAGGUACUCAGUUCUGUUGCUCUGUGGCUGUUUUCCUAGGACUUGGAGCUAAACCAAGCCCUUGGUGUGGAAGUUGAAGAAACAUGUCUGUGUACAGUGAUAUGCCCAACAUUAUCCAAUAUGUUUUGUUAAAAAUCAUGAUGGCAUCCAAGUCAAGUGCAUUGCAAGAUGAGUACCCAGGGUUUGGUGCUAGUAUACUGGUACUGGGUUUGGCUUAGAAUGCAAGCCUCAGUGCAAAUUCAGUAUUCAGGAAUGCAAAGUGGGUGACACUGAAGCAUUAAUCUCUGAGCUGUUUCUAUUGGCUGGCAGCCCAGGCCUGGUCUCUGUCUACAGGUCUUGGGAAGCUGCAUCCGCUGGGUUAGCCCAGGGCUCUGGGAGGGGCUGAUUAGCUGUUCCGCUGCAGGCAGCACCAGCUCUGAGCCUGAAGGGUAGGUGCUGUGGCAAGGGACAAAUAGUCACUCUGCCAUGUUUGUCACUUUUGGAAAUGCAGAGAGAAUCCUAUUUUCUAGCUUUAUUUUUCCAGCUGCUCUUAUGCAUUUUCCCAUUCGUCUGUAUUGAUCUGAUCUGCAUGGAGACAAUAGAGAUGAAAUAAAUCAUUUUGAGUAUGU